AUGAGAGAGAUCACUCAUGUCAUCGAUCCAGAUGGCGAGGUGAUCUUGCUUCUAGUCACGUCGGACGCACCAUUCGCUGUCUUGCACAACGACCCUGAACCCGCUUCUGCACCCGUCGCGCAGGGGCAGGGCGUCAGAACAGCUGGCGAAGCUGGCCCGGUUCCUUCUAGGACCACUCCGACGCGUGUCCCAUUUAUCAAGGAGAUCCCCGAGCCAGCACUUCAUCGCAUCCGCGUAUCCGCCAAGCACUUGACGUUCGCCUCGGUCGUGUUCGAGAAGACACUGUCCGACAAAUGGAAAGAGGGCGCGGAACUGCGAGACCAAGGAUGGGUUGAGAUCCAGACUCCGCAUUGGGAUCUGGAUAGCUUUCUUCUCCUCCUUCGAAUCAUCCACGGCCACAAUGACAAUGUGCCGGUGAGGAUGAACGUCGAACAACUUGCCCGGCUGGCGGUCAUCGCAGACUACUACGACUGCCGCCGCGUCCUAGGGUUUUUUUCGUCGGUCUGGAUUGAUUACUUGGUGGGAAACACAUUCACCACCUAUCGCGAUGUGAUGCUGUGGUUGUGGAUAUGCUGGUACUUCCAGAUCGCGGAUGAAUUCUCCGAGAUCACACUGUUCCUCAUGAGACGGAGUGACCGUCCGAUCGAGUCACUGGGGCUGCCCAUUCCUGAUAAUAUCAUCGCGCAGUUGAACCAGAAACGAGAUAGUAGCAUUCAGCUACUUUUGGAUCUGCUCUACGGACACCUGGAGUAUUACAGGGACGGUUGCGGUGAAUGCGGCUACGCGCGCAACUCGAUGAUGUUUGGAGCCCUCGCGAAGCAUUUGCGGACCAUGGGACUCGUCCUGACUCCCCCGAAGCCUCCAUUUCGAGGCUUCUCUGACUCCUCUCUCCAUGACUCGGUGCGUGCCUUCCGGCUGCCUGAAUGGCACGCUGCAAGGGGCGAUACUGAGAAGCAUGAAUGUGUCGCUGUCGGGUCUUCGAAGUCGCUGAUGCGUUUGAAUUCUCUUUCGAUGUGGGAAGGUCUACGUAUUCCCGGGUUGCCUGAUGAGGAGGAAUCUGCCGACGGAUCUGUCAAUGGAGCUGCUGGGGAGCUGUCGGAUGGAUAG